AUGAACAAACUACGGCAAAGUUUUAGGAGAAAGAAAGAUGUUUAUAUUCCAGAGGCCAGUCGCCCACAUCAGUGGCAAACAGAUGAAGAAGGGGUUCGUACCGGAAAAUGUAGCUUCCCAGUUAAGUACCUUGGCCAUGUAGAAGUUGAUGAAUCAAGAGGAAUGCACAUCUGUGAAGAUGCUGUAAAAAGAUUGAAAGCUGAAAGGAAGUUCUUCAAAGGCUUCUUUGGAAAAACUGGAAAGAAAGCUGUUAAGGCAGUCCUGUGGGUAUCAGCUGAUGGACUCAGAGUUGUGGAUGAAAAAACUAAGGACCUCAUAGUUGAUCAAACAAUAGAAAAAGUUUCUUUCUGUGCCCCAGAUAGAAACUUUGAUAGAGCCUUCUCUUACAUAUGUCGUGAUGGCACCACUCGGCGCUGGAUCUGUCAUUGCUUCAUGGCUGUCAAGGACACGGGUGAAAGGCUGAGCCACGCUGUAGGCUGUGCUUUUGCGGCCUGUUUAGAACGAAAGCAGAAGAGGGAGAAGGAAUGUGGAGUGACUGCUACUUUUGAUGCCAGCCGGACCACUUUUACAAGAGAAGGAUCAUUCCGCGUCACUACAGCCACUGAGCUAGCAGAAAGAGAGGAGAUUAUGAAGCAAAUCCAAGAUGCCAAGAAAGCUGAAACAGACAAGACAGUUGUUGGUUCAUCAGUGGCCCCUGGCAACACUGCCCCGUCCCCGUCUUCUCCCACCUCUCCCACUUCGGAUGCCACUGCCUCUCUGGAGAUGAACAAUCCUCAUGCCAUCCCACGCCGCCAUGCUCCAAUUGAACAACUUGCUCGCCAAGGCUCUUUCCGAGGAUUUCCUGCUCUUAGCCAGAAGAUGUCACCCUUUAAACGCCAGCUUUCCCUGCGCAUCAACGACUUGCCUUCCACUAUGCAGAGGAAGACUGAUUUCCCCAUAAAAAAUGCAGUGCCAGAGGUAGAAGGGGAAGCAGAGAGUAUCAGCUCCCUGUGCUCACAGAUCACCAAUGCCUUCAGCACACCCUCCGAGGAUCCCUUCUCAUCCGCCCCAAUGACCAAACCAGUGACAGCGGCGGCACCACAGUCUCCUGCCUUUCAAGGGACCGAGUGGGCUCAGUCUUCUGGUGCUGCCUCUCCAGGUCUCUUCCAAGCCGGUCACAGACGUACUCCCUCCGAGGCCGACCGCUGGUUAGAAGAGGUGUCCAAGAGCGUCCGGGCGCAGCCACCCCCCGCCUCAGCUGUCCCGCUGCAGCCAGUCCUCCAGCCGCCUCCGCCCACUGCCCUCUCCCAGCCAGCGCCACCUUUCCAAGGGAAUGCAUUCCUCGCCUCUCAGCCCGUGCCAGUGGGUGCGGUCCCGCCCCUACAGCCAGCCUUUAUCCCUGCCCAGGCCUAUCCUGUGGCCAAUGGGAUGCCCUAUCCAGCCCCUAAUGUGCCUGUGGUGGGCAUCACUCCCUCCCAGAUGGUAGCCAAUGUGUUUGGCACUGCGGGCCACCCUCAGGCUGCCCAUCCCCAUCAGUCUCCCAGCCUGGUCAAGCAGCAGACAUUCCCUCAGUAUGAGACAAGCACUGCUACUGCCAGUCCCUUCUUUAAGCCUCCUGCUGAGCACUUCAAUGGUCCUGCAGCUUUCAAUGGUGUAGAGGACGGCAGGUUGGCCUCAGGAGACAAGCACACAGAGGUUCCUAUGGGCACCUGCCCGGUGGAUCCUUUCGAAGCCCAGUGGGCUGCAUUAGAGAGCAAGUCCAAGCAGCGUACCAACCCCUCCCCCACCAACCCCUUCUCCAGUGACUUACAGAAGACGUUUGAAAUUGAACUUUGA